UCAUAAUGCAAAAUGGCGGCCAAACCAAACCAAAGUGAACUUGAAGCUGUUAGUGACAUUAUACAGUCUCUACAGCAACAAGCCAACACGUUUUUUAAAGGAAUGCAGAUGUCUUCAGGAAGUUAUUUUUCAAUUGACGAUGCUAGAGCAAAUCUUAACAGCUUAUCCAACAUGACUGACACCCUCCAAGAAAAGCUUAAGUCUUCUGGUAUGCACGCGAUUCCCUUAGAUUCUGAGAUGCUGCAGCUUGAUUGCCAAGCUACAGUAAGGAAAGGAAACGAAGAUUCUGAAGCUGGGAAACUAACGAUGCAAAGAGUACAGAUGAACUGUUCUGCUGUCAACAAGACAAUGUCAUCUCUAAAAAAAUAACUGGAAUGCAUCUGUGUUACUAGUACUUGGUGCUCAAGCAUACACUUACAAGAUUGUACAUGUGUUCACUGGGUGUAACAUCUUGGCAAGCAUGGAUUCUGCAUCAUCCAUACCAAAAGAAGAUUUAAAAUAAAAGAGUUAUCUGAUAUCACACGAAAAACUGACAGAAAAGAYAACAAUGAAAGCAGCAGUUGACAUUUAAGCUAUUGGCAUAUUUCGAGAUGUAGUUUUUAUUCUUAUAGAAGAUUCAUAACAAGGACAAGUUUAAGCUAAUUAUUAUCACCCCUAAAAUUUAUGUCAAACCACUUGCUAACUGAUUAAAGAUGAUCAAUGAGCUUGGAGAGUGAAGUGAGCAAUUAUUAGAGCAAGAAUAGKGGUACUAAAAGUAGCUUGUGUUCUUCAGUAGUUUUCAGUUUUUGCUGUUGUGGUUGGGAGGGGAGGGGACGGGGAAAAUGAACAAUGCUCGCAACAACCACAGACCACUAGGCAAUGUAAAAGGUUACUUUGAGAAUUAUCUUUGAGGAAUUCCCUGGUAGAAAGGGGUUCUAAGAUCUCAAAAAGCACCCCCUAGAUCAACCCUAAGAUUUGGUCACUAUUUUUUUUUUUU